AUGAGUAUAACGGAAGAAGAGCUCCAUUACAACGUCACCGCCGGCAUAGUGCUCUCGGACCACUCUCUGGUGCUUCAGAGUAUAACUCGAGAAUCCGCUGGAAGGUACACCUGCAUGGCCGUCAAUGUCGAGGGUCGCGCUGGUUCUAACGUAGUGGACCUCGAGGUUAUGUUCGCCCCUAUUUGUAAGCACGUCUUGUACUCUGCCGGCUGGAGGUAUCAGAACGCGACGCCGCCACCUUUGAACGUACCCGAAGAGGUUCACGGAGCCCUGAAGCACGAGACCAUCAGCUUUGUUUGCGAAGUCGAGGCCAGCCCAACCUCCGUCACCUUCUAUUGGACCUUCAACAGCAGCGGCGGUGAUCUCAGCGACAUUCCGUCCCCAAAAUACACCAACGAAGGCACUUCCAGUAGACUGAAUUACACCCCAUCGUCCGACAUGGAUUACGGGACGUUAGGCUGUUGGGCCAGCAACAUCGUGGGCCCUUCGAAACAGCCGUGCCUCUAUCAAGUAAUCGCGGCAGGUAGACCGUAUCCGUUGCAAAACUGCACGGCGUACAAUCAGACCGGCUCGUUGAUCAGGAUAUCGUGCGUGGAAGGAUACGACGGCGGUCUGCCGCAGAAAUUCGUCGCUAUCGUGGAUAAACAACGGCUGGAAUCGGAGAAUCCUUACUGGGAGCUGGAGCUUCACAAGCCAACGACCGUCGCCCUUUACGCGGUCAAUAUGAAAGGGUCGAGCGAUCCGGUGAUCAUGGAAGGGGAAGCGUUAAAAGGAGUGGCCAAGUUCACCGGGGAAUCGGCGGCAUCUUCGGUGGAUAUGUCGCCAAUCCUGAUUGGCCUAGGCGGCACCGCCACCGGUUUGGGGUUAAUCGUGACCGGAGUACUAAUGGCGUUGUGGAGAAAACACGCGGCAACACCGGCAAAACUGAAACGGCCACCUCAACAACCUAGCAUCGCGACUUUCGCUGGUAAAGCCGAGGAAGAGGACGGAAAUCCUGAUCUAAUACCCACCAGGGCCAUGAGCAAUCAUUCGACAGAUAGGAAGCCUCUGCAUUACGGAUCCCUGCCACGAAGGCCACGACAGCUGGAAGGGCGAGAAAUGUCCCACGAUGUCAUAGAAGAUUCAGAUUAUCCUCGAGCAUCGCCAAACACGUUUUACAGUCUUCAGAGGCCGCACCGGUAUUCGGAAACGAUGAUCAGAAGCACCGUGAUCCAGGAGAGCUGCAUUUAA